AUGGCCGACGUGACGGCGGAGCUCAAUGAGCUUUUCGCGGCCUCCUAUCCAGAUGGCCUUCCCAAGGAUAUCCUGUUGGAGCUCCAGUCUAUACUGCGAGUGCACUCGAUCACCGCCGAGGAACUUUUCUAUAAAUGGGAAUCAUACAGCAUGAAGAUGGGAGAGGAGACCAAAUUGACUCUUGCGGCUGUGCGCGGGUUCAAGCAGGAUGUCCAGGAGACCCUUGAACGUGAAAGUCGGGCCAAAACGGGGCGUCAGGCGGACAGGAGGACUGCUGCCACUGGAACCCCGCGUGCUGCAGCUGGCACUGAUAUGUUUGGAAUGCUGGAUGGAUUGACGCCAAAUGGUUCGAGUGGCCGGUUGAAUGGCGGUUCGGUGAAACGCAAAUCCAACUUCUCUUCGCCUGCUGCGCCGAAAUUCGGGCGAGUCGAGAGCAACGGAUCACCCAUGGGGGCAAAAGCACCCGUUCCUAGUCCCAUGGCCAACGGCGCUGGGGCGGCAAAUGGAAUGGCAUCUGUUUCCUUUGCCGACCGACCGAACCCUGGACAGACACUCGAAUCACUCAACUCGCAUCUUGCGCCACCCGAUACACCCAUGGCCCCUUUCUCCGAGGCGCGCAUCAAGCCCACGGCCAAUACGGACUUGAAGAAGUUCGGAUAUAAGCCCAUGGGCAUGCGUCUAUCAGAAGCGUCUGAGAUCCUGGAUGACCGGAUCGAUGAGUUUGCCGCUAUCUAUCAAAAACACUACGACUCGGACGACCUUACAUUCGGAAGCGCGGCUACGCAGAGUACUUCUGAGAUCAUUGCGGUUGGUCGUAUCGCCUCAGAUUCUCUAGAGGGAAAGCUGAAUCCCGCUUCUUUGGUGCUUGAAACCUCUCGCCGAACUGGGGCUGGUAGACGGGUUCCCCUCAAGGUCGACUCUGUACCUGGCUUGAAUUUCUUUCCUGGUCAGAUUGUUGCGCUUCGAGGAAUCAAUCCCUCUGGCGAAUAUUUCACUGUCAAGGAAAUUCUUCCAAUCCCCCUCUUACCACCUGCUGCGUCGUCAGCAGUUACCCUUGAGACCAUCAAUGAACGCCUAGAGAACGGGGAUGCCAACCCUCCUCUGAAUGUCAUGGUGGUGGCUGGUCCGUACACAGCAGACGAUAACUUGGAUUUUGAGCCAUUGCAAGAACUGUGUCAAAAAGCAGCAGAUAACUAUGCUGACAGUCUCGUCUUGAUGGGUCCGUUCCUAGAUAUUGAACACCCUUUGAUUGCAUCGGGAGACUUUGAUUUUCCUGAGAUCAAGGGCAUUGACCCCGACACUGUCACUCUUUCUACAGUCUUCCGACACUUCAUCUCAUCAGCAUUGGCGCGUCUUGCGGCGGCUGUUCCCAGCAUUACGAUCGUGGUUGUGCCCUCUGUGCGAGAUGCUCUGAGCCGGCACGUUUCAUGGCCGCAGGAACAACUACUUAAGAAAGAGCUCGGUCUGCCGAAACAAGUCCGCAUGGUUUCCAAUCCCGUUACGCUGUCAUUUAACGAGAUCGUUUUUGGAAUGUGUUCACACGAUGUUCUUUCUGAUUUGCGGCGCGAGGAGGUUCUCCACGGCCGUCCCGCCGAAGGAAACCUACUGACUCGACUGCCCAAAUAUCUCGUUGAGCAACGUCACUUCUCUCCACUAUUCCCUCCUUCCAGUCGCGCAAGUCUCCCCAAGCCAGGGACCGAGGGUGCUUUGGCCACUGGUGCCAUGCUCGACCUGCCCUAUACGAAGCUUGGCGAAUGGUGGAACGUCCGCCCAGAUGUACUACUUGUUCCCAGCAUGCUUCCGCCCUUUGUCAAGGUCGUCGACAGCGUUCUAGUCAUCAACCCCGGCACUCUGUCCAAGCGCCGCGGCGCUGGCUCAUAUGCCCAAAUGGCCAUCCACCAGCGGUCUAUUUCUGAAGAAGAACGCGAGCAAAAGCAGCUCGACCAUAAGCUAUACGAGCGAGCCCGGGUGGACAUUAACCGAAUUUAG